GACUGGGGAGAGGCUGCCCCCGGCCAUGGCUCGGCCUCCCCCCGGCGGCGGCGGCGGCGGCUCCGGCUCCGGCUCCGGCUCCCGCGGAGGAGGGCCAGGGGCAGGGGCGGCUCCAUGGGGAGGAAGGGCAGCCCGCGGGCCCCCCAGGCGGAGGGGGGAUGCGGGGCCGCCCGCCCCUCCCUCCUGUGGGCCCUGCCCGAGGAGCUGCUGCUGCUCAUCUGCUCCUACCUGGACGCGCGGGCCCUGGGCCGGCUGGGCCAGGUCUGCCGGCGGCUGCGCGCCUUCGCCGGCCGGGACCCGCUCUGGAGGCGCAUAGCCCGCGGCUGCCUCAACUCCGGCUUCACCCGGCUCGGCGCCGACCUAGCGGCUGGCAUUCCAGUGAAGGAAAGGGUGAAGGUCUCUCAGAACUGGAGGCGCGGGCGCUGCCGGAGGGAAACGCUCCUGAAAUGGAAGCGCAACCUGAUGCCCUGGAUGCAUUUAGAUGGCGAGUAUCUCUACCUGUCCCAGGCAGAAGACAUCCGGGCCUAUCGGUUUCGUCCAGACAGUGCUGGCCUACAGCGCCAUCCUCAAGCCAUCUUCUCUGGCCACCAGGAAGAUGUGUGUCGGUUCGUUCUCGCCAGCUCCCACAUCGUCAGUGGAGGAGGCGAUGGAAAUAUCGUCCUCUCUAAAGUCCACAGCUCCUUCAGCAUAAAGUUCUCUGCACACGAACAGGAGGUGAACUGUGUGGAUUGUCAAGGGGGCAUCAUCGUAAGCGGCUCCCGGGACAGAACAGCAAAGGUUUGGUCCCUGUCCUCUGGCAGAGCUGGGCAUUGUUUACACACGGUGCAGACUGAGGACCGGGUCUGGUCCAUCGCCAUUAGUCCAUUAUUAAGCUACUCUUCUGAACUUAACCCUGCUCCUGAGCAUGCAGUUGAGGACUUAGGAUUGUCACUGUUCAGCAGAGGAUGUCAAGGUGUUGCGUACAGCAACGAGCAUAGGAGCUGCAGCCUCUUCCAAUCUACUGAUCAAAGACUCUGCGCCUCCCAUUUCAGAGAAGGUGAAAUGAUGAUAGACUCAGAGAAACUGAACCUGUGUCCAGUGAAUCUUCAUACUGGACUGGCAGUGAACUGCCACGUGUAUGUGCUGUUGAGUUGGCCUUGAUCUCGUCCCUCCUGCAGGAAACCUGCCUCCUUUUCUGUCCCCAGGAGGGACCGGAUAGAGCUGCUAAUAAUGCCCGGAUGGUGUCUAUAGACCUAAAUCAUCUCAAAUUACUCUGCAGACUAUGGACCAUGUUGUGCACUGAGCUCUAUCCCAUGUGUUCCUGGCGUCCCCAUCGCAAUGGACACUGCACCCUACGAUGCUCCGUUGGGCUCUGCCAUCCCUGAGUUUCAAUGGGAUGAAUUUUAAGCCAGCCCAAUGCCAGGAAUUUCCCAUGAGAACUUGUCCUCAUUAGGUUUCCAAGCCAGUUUUGCAGCUCCCCAUCCAUUUUACACAUGGUGUGUCUUGCAGGGUGACGGAGCUGAACCUCCAGCCCAACUGAGCUUCGCCUGUGCCUAGUUCCAUGACGCUUUGAGUGCGUGUGUGUGCAGGCCGCUCUCUGAGCCAUCCACUGUCGUAUCAGUGGUGACCAAGGUCCCCAUGUUGGCCUCCAAUCUCUUGGCUGGGGCCUGGGUGGGUUUUCCCUUCAGCCGGCAUCUGUUGGUCCUUCUGCCGUGGCUGGGAAGAGCUAUGCAGCGUGCUAAGUGAUGACCUGUGGAGCUGGCCUCUAGUCAGGACACUGUCUCCUCUCUCCGGUGCGCACACACUCGCGCACACUCUCUGUCACAAUAUUUACCUAGCGUCUUUCUCCCCCCGCUGGGUGACAAAUGGGCGGCUGCAGAGCAGCUACCCCGCAAACGAGUGGGCUCGGAUCACUCGCUCGUUUCAUGAGACCGCGAAUCCCGCCCACCUCCCCUCUCGCUGCCCCUCCAUUUUUUUUUUUUUUUUUUUUAAGAAUUAGAGCCGAUUAGCCACGUCAUUAAUUCUUCAAUUUGACGGCUGAUAUAGCAGGGCCCGAAACACACUGCUGACCCCGCAUAAUGGAAACCCCGCUCCUUAACACAUUGACGAUGGGAGAAGUUAAUUAAAAUUCCACAGAGUGAAGGUGUCGGCUAACCUAUAAACCUGUCGCUUUUAAGAACAAAUCGCUGCCAUCCUAGAAGAGAGGGGAUCAGAGCAGGGGCAGGCAGGAGGGUACGGGAGUGGGGGAGCAGGAGCAGGGGGCAAGGGGCAGGGGAGAUGGAUUUUCACUAAUAAACUUAUUGUUUGCUGUUUAACGAGCAUGUAUCCAAAAUCGUCUCUGAUCUCUAGCCAGGCCAGCUAUUGGGGGACUUAUUGUCCCUGCCUGAGCCGUUGGGAUCCUGCACUUCCCUGCUUUACAUGCCCAGCACACCUGGUCUAAAGAGUCUGCAUUGUUGGGCUGAAGAGGGCAGGGAGAACUCAGGAUAGAACUUGGGUAGUGCCGUUCAUCAGCCAGAGGAGUCGUUGGUUUAAGCAUAAUAUCACUGGCACCUUCCACUUCAUCCCAGAUUCUGCACAUUCUUUGCCCAAUUCUCCCCUCUCCGAGGCUGAGUGAAAUCAGGAGCUCCUCCACAGAAGUCAGCAGCUACCCCGGUGUUCAACCGAUGCAAGAUCAGAAUCUGGCCCUCUGUGUCGGGCAGCAGGCACUGAAGUGCAGCCAGGCCUCUCUGUGGUGGAACACAGAAGCUUUUUAACCACGUGAAGCAAGUGUGCACAACAGCUAGGACAGGAAGCGAAGAAUGCCACCAAAUCAACUUGAAACUGCAAGGGCAUUCAGACAGAAUCCAAUUUCUUAAAUUGGAAGUUGGCCAGGACACAUGAGUUAAAACCCCAACCGUUUGGAAAAGCACCAUGGAUUCUUUAAUAACCACCAUCAGUCAGCACUUCAGUUUCCCAUCUUGCUUUUCUGUAGCCUAGUUCUUUUGGUCUCCUUCCUCUGAAGCAUCAGAGAUGGAUGGUCACAGCUGGAGACGGGCUGCUGGACAGGGUGGCCCCGAGCGUUCUCU